UUGGCCCGAAUAUAAGGCGACCCCGAAUAUAAGGCGACCUGCAGUUUCAGGAGGCCAAACAAAUGUAAAAAUAAUUUUUGGUAGAAAUUAAUGUGAAAAUUCAUUAGACAUACAUUUUGUGUUGAUAAAUCGUUUUUGCAUUUAUGUAUAACAAUUAAUUUAUAUUUAUCACAUUACUUAUUUAAAAUAAGUUUGAAUGGCCUACCCUAAAAGUCAAAAGAAAACAAUUAGAAAAUAUUUACAUUUUUAAGUAUUACAUUAGAAAUUUUUUCGUAUGUUUACUCUAAUGAAGCUGCAUAAUUGUCAUCUUCAGAGCUGUUUAUUUGUCUAGAGCUCGUUCCCCGCCGUUCCACCGAUGUGUGAUUGUGUGAUUGUUCAUUUUUCACAGUUUACUGUAUCUACGAAUUUAAAAUUUUUACAAUGGCUAUUAAUCACUCUUAAAAUACAGCAUUUAACUUUCCGUUUGACUUAAGCUACGUAUUACCACAGAACAAGGCGUAUUACUAUUUAGUAGUGUGUUAAACGUAAAAAAAGCAAACAAAGAAUGCAUCUCGCCGGAACAAAACAAGUGGCUAGCUGACAUGAUGAAGCAUACGGCCAUGAAUAACUCGGUUACGUGACCGCGUAUAUUUGUCCAUAUUACUCUCUGACAGAGAGAGUCUGUUCUAUGAAUUUGAAAGAAUAAUCUAUUAUAAUUAUGAAAGGUUUUUACAUAAAUAAAGAGUGGAUUAUUAAAAUAGCUUUUGAAGCAACGUACCAAAUUCCUGUUAAUAUGGCGUCUUCGUGCGUGUUCGGCAAUGUUCGUUUUACAACAAAGAAAUAUUGUGGAAAGACAGUUGGCAGCCGUGAAUUUCCAAACAUUACAUCCGAAAUGUUUGUAAACGUAAACAAUCGUUCUGAAAAUAACUGUGAUAUUUUAGUACAAAUAUUUCCGUUAAAAAUCUGAAGAUAAAUUACCGUAAAUGUUAACACGCGAUUGUACACAAAGUACAAAUAUGAAUUGUGAAAUAAAAGGUUGCCAUUUUGAGAUGCUUCAACAUUCACGGUUUUUACUCAAGAACAAAUAUUUUAAUUUUCAACUUCAAACAAUUGUGAAUUACUGCAAUAUUAGGUGGAUUUAUCGUUUUUCCCCGUGUGAGGUAACAAAGUUUUAGUUAAUAUAAAAAAUUGUGAACGUUUUGUUAAACAAUGUUUCUACUGUAGCUUUCAGCUUGGAACUAAUGUUUGCGGUUCUGACGUCUUGGGUGCGAAAAUAAGGCGACUUCCAAUUUUUGCAUCUUUCGUUUAUGUAAAAAUGGUCGCCUUAUAUUCGGACCAAUACGGUAUUUACCCGUAAGUUUUCACCAAUAGUUGCGGCACUUAAAAAAAAAAUAUUUUCAUGAAAAAUCAAGUACGUAAGCACAGAUAUAAUUGACUGGUGAGAGAACACUAGUAUUUGAUACAAAAAAAAAAAGUGAAUUACACAGAUAUUAUUUUUCAUACAGCAUCAUAUUUUAAGUGGAAUGCAGUAAAUAUUUCAAAUAAAAGAUCAAUGAUCAAAGACCAUAUGAAUGCAUUUGUAAUGCCGCAGGAAGUUUCCCUCACCUCCCACACAGUUAUGAGCGCCUAAUACCCAGUACGCCCGAGCACUCCGCAUUCGAGUCCCAACAACCACCGUGCGGGUCCCACCCACCCCUCGGGUCCCUCCCUCCCCUCAGCCAAUGGGUGAGUAUUUGGCCACUGCCAAUGGGAACAGUGAUGUUUCUGCGGGGCGGACCAAGGGCUGCCAGGAGGUAUCGUGGAGGGAGGUCAAAGCAGUGCAGGGGAAACGGUCGGGGUUAUGAAGAGGUCGGGGAACUGACAUAGAGCCGUACGCACACCACGCUCGGAACGCUUCUGCGGUCAUGCCAGUUGUACCAGUAUCUUACAUAAUAUGCCAAUUCAAAGUUUACGAAAUUUACAACCAUGUCUUUUUAAACAAUUUUUACGUCAAAGUCUGCAGGUUUAUGUAAUGUAUAAUUUUAUUCCUUAUACCUAAAUUUUAAUGAAAAAUCCUUUUUCCUAAUAUUAUAAAAAUAUUGCAUGUUUAGAAAAACAUAAAGAUAUGUUUUUCAAUUAGGUUUAUAAUGUAAAAUUUUGUUAUUUUAAUAUGGUUUUAUUUACUGAAUGUUUUAUAUAAUAAUGAAGUCUAUGGAGUGAAAUAUUGUGGAAUGCUCAAAAAAAAAAUUUAUUUAGGACUUUAAUGCACGUUUUCGGUGUGACACACAAGGAUUACGGGGUAAACUUUUACAUGUUAUUAAAAAAGAAUGAUAUUACCACUUACUUAAUUUCUGUAUGGGUAAAAUAUUCCAGAAAUCUCGAUUUCGCAAGAGCGAAAUUCGUUCCUGCUCUUGCGACUGUAGCACCGUACCCACGCAACAUUAUUUCGCUCAGAACGCUCUAGCAUUGUAAUAAUUUAUGCUAGCGUUUUGCAAAGUAUGUUAUUUUAAAGCUUAAGUAAUUCGCAAAAAUUUUCAAUUAAGUUGUUAUUAAGUCAGACCAUCCGUUCAUAUUAUGAUCAGUUUAUUAUGUCCUUGAUUGAGAUAAAAUAAAACUCAUUAAAUUAAUUAAUAUAUUUAUAUCACACCUUUAAUAUUACCAUUCUGAAUUUGUUUCAACAUGAAUGUGUGUAAUAGCAUUUCCAGAUUAUUUUGAUGAUUUUACGGAGAGUCUACGUUUAAAACUAUAGAAUGGAAUGUAUUUUAAUGGACUGCUGCAAGUCGCUAUUAUCUAGGACUUAACUGCACUUUUUCCAUGAUAUGCACAAUAACUACAGUGGUAAACUUUCGGUAUGUUAUUAAGCAUAGUUGACUCUACCACUGUGCAAAAAUUCAGCUUUGGACAAAUUUUUUCGAGGUUGAAACCUUUGUUUCCUGAACUGAUGUACGCACUAUGAUGGACACUUAGUGAGCGUUCGUGUAAUUAGAUUUGACAGAAAAUAGGGGAAGUCCGUGUAAUUUGGACCAGCGUGUAAUUCGGGCCAGCUGUGUUUCUCAGAGCCACCAACAGAUAGCAGCACCGUGAACGUUUGGCAGUUGCGUACGUUCCAGUACAGCGCUGGUUCAAAGUUAUUUGCUUGUGGAUGAAGCGACAAGGAAAAUACGAAGAUGACUACAAGAGAAGCACGUAAAUCUAGGGGGAUUUAUAACAAAUGGAAGGAAGAAGACUUAAUUGCUGCCGUACAUGCCGUGGAAGAAGGAGUGGGGAUUAAUAAAGCUGCGGAUAUUUUCAAGAUCCCAAAGAGUACACUGAAAAUAAGAAUAAAACAACAUUCUACAGUUUCAAAUUGUAUAGGCCGACCCCUUGAUCUGCCAAAAGAGGUCGAAGAAGAUCUCGUUGAACAUCUCUUGCAUUUGGAAAACAUGUGUUAUGGGUGUGUAUAUUUUUGUAAAGUUCUUACAGUAAGUUUGGAGCCACAAUUUAGAGUGUCAGCUGUUGGUCCUGUAGGACUCUCAAUUGUAAUAAAAUGGAGAAUGGCUGCUUUCUACAAAUCUAACUCAAAAUUCUCUUUGUUUAUCCUUUAAUUAUUUAUGACAAGUUUUAAAUUUGCCUACUAUCCAGCUAUAAGGCACAAUCACCGUGCUAGUAGGCCUACAGAUAGUAGAGGAACUUCGGGUAUUGUGGACCCAUCGGUUAAAGUGGACCCACGCUGUCAAACUCAGUGUAUGUGGCUGCAACCUAGGAAAAAUCACAAGAACUAAUCUGCCACAGAUGCUCAGUUUCUUAGACUGUUGAAAGCGUGCGCGCAUAGGUCGAUCUCCGCAGGUUACGUUACGGUGACGAAAAACCAAGAUGUAAAAGUUUUUGCAGGUAUGUAUGUCUGUGUAACGUGUUGAAAUACUUUAGGUAAAUAAAUUAUGUAUUAUAUUUAAAAGUAACGAUAAAGGAGCCUGUUUUAAUGGUAGGUGUUGGAAAUGGUCAGCACGUAAGUAGUUUCGAUUACAAUUCCAUUUUAAUAACAAUGGCGUAGGUCGGCUAAAGUGGACCUAUGAGGUGCCGGUAAAGUGGUACCGGUCCACUUUACCCGCCAUAUUUUACAUAACAUACAGUUUUUUUUUAAAUUAAUUUUUACUUUAGGUAGGAUUCACGAUACUUCAAAUUUCGCUUAGAGUAGCGGCAGAAGUUAGUAAAAGCCAAUCAGUGAAAAGCUUUUAUUUAAAUGCUACUCGCUGAUUGGUUAAUUUAAAUUUCAAUGCAAGGCUAUGUGAAAAUUCGCUGUCUCGUGAAUACCACUUUACUCAUUUUUUUAUAACGUAUACAGAAAAGUUUUUUGGUUUGUUGUAGAUGUCAACACAGGCAGAAAAAGUGGGUGUGUCAAGAAAGAGAUUUAAAACAUAGAGUCAACAGUCCAUGAUUACUGCUGUUCAUGUUGUUCGUAAAAACGAUAUGGGCUUGAAUAAAGUGCAAAAAAUGUUCAAUGUGCCUAAAACAUAUCUAGGAAGAUGUGUCAAUAUGAUUGACAAAUCUCCUGAAGAAUCCAUUCUUACAUCAGGUAGGAAACCAAAAUUUAGUCCCAGAAUGGAACAACAGUUAGUUGAGUUUUUGUUGUUUAUGGAAGCUAAAUAAUUUUGUUUAACUAUGCAAGACGUAAGGAGGCUUGCCUACCAGUUAGCGGAAUAAAAUAAUAUUGAACACAGGUUUUCUGAACUCAGGGGGGCUGCUGGAAAGGAUUGGUUAUAUGGAUUUCUAAGGCGACAUAAAAAUAUCACAUUACGAACUCCUUCAGGAACAUCAAAAGCCAGAGCCAAGGGGUUCAAUAAAACUAGUGUUGCAAACUUUUUUGAUAUUUUAGAAAGCGAAUGUGAAAAAACAAACUUCCCUCCAACUAGAAUCUACAAUGUAGAUAAAGUGGAUUGUCUGUGCUAGCCAUCGAAAUACCUAAAGUGAUUUCUUUAAAAGGUAAACGCCAGAUUGGAUCAAUUUCAUCAGCCGAACGAGGUUCACUUAUCACUGUGCUAAGAUGCAUGAGUGCUGGUGGGAGUUAUGUACCACCUAUGUUAGUGUUCAAGAAAAAACUUCAGUCAACAUCUUACAAAAGGUGCUCCUCCAGGUUGUGUAUUUACCUGCCACCCUUAUGGAUGGAUCAACAGUGACAUUUUCAGUGAAUGGUUUUAUCACUUUGUGGAUAGUACCAAACCUACAUGCUCUGAUCCUGUUCUCAUUUUGGACGGACAUUUCAGCCAUACCAGGAAUCUAGAAGUUAUAGACAAAGCCAGAACGAAUCAUGUCACCAUAAUUUGUUUGCCACCACACAGCACACAUAAACUUCAACCCCUUGAUAAAACUUUUAUGGGUGUUCUGAAACAUUAUUAUAGCGAAGAAGUGCGUAUAUUCUUGAGGAUAACAGGCUGUGACAUAUUUCGACUGAACUCUUUGGGAAAGCUUAUCUGAAAGCACAAACCGCUGAAAAUGCUGUCAGUGGUUUCCGCAAGACAGGAAUAUACCCAAUUAAGGAGCGGCAUGUGUUGUUACAUCAUCUCCUUUCAAAAACAGUCUUCAAGAAAUUCGUAAACGAGCUGCCAAAAAAAUCCGGCCAUUUCAGGCUACUGGAAAAAAGAAGAAUAACCUAAAUAAACAUCUAUCUGGGAAGACUAUGGAUACAAAGCAAUCAGUUGAGCGUAACACAUUUGACGAAACUGAUGCUACUUGUAUCUAUUGCUCUGGAAAGUUUUCUGAAGACAGAGCUGGGGAAAUGUGGGUUCAGUGUUUCGAGUGUUUGGACUGGAGUCACGAAGAAUGUGCUGACAAUGAAACUGCGCAUUUCGUAUGUGAUAUUUGCAAAACCUAAUCCACCACUUUAGCACAUAUAUCUACUGACAUAGGGCUACACGUAUGUGGUUAGUGCAUCCUUAUUACAAUCAUGUUGUCUAGAAUGUUUUCAGUGUGCAAAUAAGACAUUUAGAAUAUUUUAGUAAAUAUGUGCACUUUUAUUCUGCUAAACUUCACUAUUAAUAACUUUUUUGUCUCCGAAACGUGUACACACUGCAUACUUAUACAAAUUAAAAUGUAAUCUUUGUUUAAAAGUUUUAAUAAUUUGGGAUGGGUAAAGUGGACCCAUGGUUCCACUUUACCCACGCUGUUCGGGUAAAGUGGACCUUUGCAUACUUUUUUAUAUAUCACUAUAUAAAGCCAACAUCCUAAGUGAAAUUAGUAGGUUCCAUAUUUUUGUUACCCUUACAUACCACACUGUCAUAUUGAAUACACAGAUGUAAUUAUCUUAUACAGAUACUGAAAUAUAACAAAAAAACAAAAGGGGGGUCCACAGUUCCUCUACCUAUUAUGUUGCUUCCCGAAUUGGCAUUUUUUGUCACGAGUGUCCCUUUACUGUAAGUCUUUUAAACAUUGACUUCAAUUAUUUUUUUAUUGAGUGGCAACACAUAUUUGGUUAUUUUGUUACAGAUUAACCAGGAAAGGAGUUAUGAAACUAGCUUUCGAAAUAGCAAAGAAAAAUAACCUCAGCACUCACUUCAAUAAAGAAAAAGAAGAGGCUGGAAAAGAAUGGUUCGAAGGAUUCAUGAGACGAUAUCCACAGUUAAGUUUGAGACAGCCAGAAGCUACUUCUUUAGCAAGAGCUGCUGGAUUCAAUAAACCGGUUGUCAACAAAUUCUUCGAUGAGUUGGAAAAAAACGUAGACCAGGAAAAGAUUACAGCAGCCAGGAUUUUUAAUAUGGACGAAACUUCGCAUACUGUAGUUCAACGCCCGGAAAAAGUUAUUGCACAAAGAGGGAAGCACCAAGUUGGCGGCAUAACAGCUUGCGAAAGAGGACAAAAUGUGACAGGAGUAUACGUUAUGAAUGCUGUUGGGUUAUUUAUCCCUCCAAUGCUAAUCUAUGCGAAAAAAAGAAUGAAGGAUUCUCUAGCGUUUGGUGCUCCCUCUGGGACAAUUUUCAGUUGUCAGGACAAAGGUUGCAUGACUGCAGAUGUGUUUACGGAAUGGAUGUCGCACUUCAUUCGGAACGUAAAACCUAGCGUUACAGAAAAGGUUCUUCUCAUUUUAGAUGGACACAGCAGUCACACCCAGAGCUUACAUGCGAUUGAUCUGGCUCGAAAAAAUGGUGUUAUUAUGCUUUCAUUGCCAUCGCAUUGCACACACCGUUUGCAACCACUCGAUUUGGCUUUUUUUAAGCCACUGAACACCUACUAUGACUCCGCAAUUGCAACAAAGCUCAGAACGUCUCCAGGAAAACGACUUACUGUUGAGCAUAUUGCCUCUUUAGUUGGAGCUGCGUUUCCUAGAGCUGCUUCCAUGGACACUGCAAUAAAUGGCUUUAGGAAAUCUGGGCUGUGGCCAGUUGAUCGCCACGUGUUUACAGAUGCUGACUUUGCUGCUUCAUCGGUCACUGAUCGUCCAUUUCAAAAACCAGCUAGCAAGGAGCAAGAACAGCCAAUUGAGCCUACUCCUGUUACCCUAGAUGUGAUGAUUACUGAGCAAAUGGAGCAUGCUGAAGAAGUACGACUGUCUAAAGUUUGUCAUCCACCAGAAAUAAAUGUGCCUACAACUUCCAAAGACAUUAGUUAUGGUUCAAGUGAUGUUCUUGGUUCACCUGUAACGAGUUACGUGUCUGCAGAGGAAAUAAGCCCUCUCCCUUCAUGCUCAUUUUCACCACAGCAAAAGAAAAGACGAAGACGGGAGGUUUCAGGCAUAGUGCUGACAUCAACGCCUCAUAAGGAAUCGCUUACACCUAAUAGGAGUCCAUGUUCCUCAACCAAGACUACUGCUUCAAUGAAGAUGAAAUAAUUAUUUACUAACGGAAAGCCAAAAUUCCAAAAGAAGAAGAAGAAAGUGUUUAUUGCAAAAAGUUCGGAUACAAUGUGCAUCAACUGUGGUGACACUUAUGACACAGAUUGGAUCCAGUGCAAAUCUUGUAAACUUUGGUCACACGAGGAGUGUGCAGAUUUAAGAGAUGCACUUUGUUACUUUUGUGAUGAUUGUGUGAAAUGCUAAGAAUUUCAUUUCAUUCCUUAGGCCAAAAGGCUUAUUUCUCAUUUUGAAGAUUUUUUUGUUUUACAUUUUAAAAUACAUGAAAGAGUAACUAAUAAUACAUUUGAAGUG